AUGAGAGAAAUAUUGCUUGUUACGCUAGUGGGUCUUCCGGCCAGUGGAAAAUCCUCAUUGUGCAGAACGCUGACCGAACGUUCUAUAUCGGAUUACGCCGUUGUUUGGAUACAUUUUGACAAUCUGAUACCACUUAGUGCGUUGCAUCCAGUGCCGGAAUCGGAUUCAGAGCCCUCUGAUUGGAAGCAUUGGAGACAAGUGAUCCAUGACUGUGUUGAACGAUGCAUUCAAGCUUGUCGGAACCCCACAAACCAGUCAUUAGUGACACAACAAUGUCGGUCACUCUUACCCAGUUUCCCUCCAUUCCCAGAUGAUAGUCCGUCGAACGUCAUCUUUUUAUUGGAUGAUAACUUCUAUUACUCAAGUAUGCGUCAUGCGUACUAUCUACUUGCCAAACGCUAUGAGGCUGGUUAUGCGUCAGUUGUUUGUUGUGCUGCUCUUACGGAUUGUAUGGAACGAAAUCGAGUCCGAGAAACAGCAGUUCCGCCCAAUGUUAUCUCAAAAAUGCACCAGCGAAUCGAGUGGCCAGAUCCAGAAGGAAAUCGUUGGGAGCAACAUACCUUCAUCGUAAACACUUCCAAAGACAUUAGUUCAGAAACCCUUGAUUCGCUUCAGGAGUUUUUGAUGUCCUCCUCUAAAAAGCCUUUUAGUUAUGUUGCUGAGAUCGAACAAGCCCAAAGGCGUGAACAAGAUCGGAAAGCCAAUUUUGAGAGCAUCUUGCAUCAGGUUGACAUUUCUCUCAGAUCCAAGGUUCAAGUUGUGAUGCAAUCUCACACCCCACAGUGGAAAUCAAAACAUUCCAAACAGUUGAGCGACCUGAAAUCGGAUACUAUGAACGCUAUACGCACCAAGAUUUUGAGCGACCCUUCUAAUGAGACUUUGGAAGCAUAUCAGCGCGAGGCAAUCACCCUGUUUGAGAGAGGUUUGGAGCAACUUCUUAGUCAAACGACUCUUUCCUGA